AUGAUUUUUGUAGUGAUAAAACUAUUUUUUCUGUUUAACAUAUUUCAACUAACAGUGACUACUAGUGGUGAAAAUGGCUUACUCAAAUAUAAAACCGACAUAGAUAAAAUAGGCAUGGACGUCGAGAAUUUUAUCUACGAAAUUGCAAAAGAAGUUGCUAAAAAAGCUGAUUCCUUCAUAAAUAACGAAUACCAAGAAUACGAUGCACCAACAGAAGAAAAUCCAAUACUCGAAAAUAGCAUUAGAAAGGAAGAAGCUACAACAUCAGCUACUGUUAAUGUUAUAGAAGAUUAUACAGAACAAGAAGAAGAGAGAAGAAAACGAUCUAUAGAUGAUAUUCACCGAGAAGAUAAUAUUAUAGCUACGGCAGAAAAACCUGAAGUUCAUCAAGAAUCAAAUGUCAUAGAUCAUAGCGUAGAUGACAUAAAACAAGAAGUAAAAAAAUUAACCGAUCUGACAGUUAUGUUAAAGGAACAGCAGAAUAUUUUAGCUCUGCUCGGAGAAAAAGGGAAAUUUUUAAAUCAUAAUCUACAAUAUGAUCCACAAGAUAUGAUUCAUGUAUUAGAACAAUUAGAAGACCAAAGAAAAAUUUUAUUACCUACGAAAGGAAAUAAUAAGGAAUUAAAACAUUUGAAAAUCGACAUCCAAGAAGCAAUAGGGGCAUUAAAUAAAACUAGCGAAGGAAUGGAUAAUGAAAAAGAUAAGGAAUUAAAACUGGAAUAUGAAAUUAAACAACAAAAAGAAGAAAUUGAGAUGCUAAAAGAUUUGGUAGAACAGCUAUUGGAGAAACAAGACAAGUCGCAAAACAAACAUAAAAAAGAUAAAAAGAAGGAUAAAAAAGUGAUAGCAAGUAAUAAUUCUACAAGCAGUGAAGAAGACAAAUCUAGUGAGGAAAAAAGAGAAUCUGAAGAUGACAUCUUAGGUGUAUCUCUGUUUCUACAACCUUUAGUAAAUAAACCACCCAUUAGAGAAAGGGAGAGCAAUAUGAAAGACCUGAAAACAGAAAAUGUAGAAAAUAAAGACAAAGAACAAUUUUCUAACCAGAAAAAUCCGCCGGAUGAAAAGAAAGAUCAAGAGAAAACUAAGAAGGAAACAACAAAUGUAGAUAACAAAGCAACGAAUGAGCAAAGUAACGCUAAAUCUAUUCGAUACGAUGAUCCGAAAGUAUCCUUAAGUAAAUCAAAUGAAAGAUCUAGUCAUUACGAAGCACCCAGCUUACCCUCAAGAAAAUCAAAAGCCAGAGCUAGUACUCUUGCAAGUGAUAUUUCGCAGUUUUUGGACGAAAUUGAUGGAGAUAAAAAACCAGAUAUGGAAGAACAGCUAAAAGAAUUGGAAGAGAAAUUUAUAAAACAAACUAGAGAAGAAAAAAUCAAAAGAGAACUAGCACGACUACGUAAACUUAUAGGUAAAAAUCAUGAAGACGAAAAAACUGAAUCAAAGUCAUUGCCGCAAAAUGAAGAUGUUGAAUUUUUAAAAAGGUUAGAGACGCUGAUGAAAUCACGAGGAAGAGAUAUAAAAGUAGAAGAAAAACCGACAGACUCCAUUCGCGAAGAACUCAAAAAGCUGCAAAUUGCGAUUGACAAGCUAAAACCAAAAGAAGAUGUCCCCCCUGAACAUCCCAAAGAACAUCCAAAAUUGGCCCUGAAGCCAAAGAACUACCGAUGA